UUUUUUGUUUGUUUGAGGGAAAGGUUUGUGCUAGAUGCUAGCUUCUGAGGUCGAAGAAUUUAAGUAGAAAUUUCCUAAAAAAAGAAAAAAAUCAGAUUUGAUUUGUUUUUCAUCAGAUUUUUUUAAAAAAAUACUGUUUUGGGUGUUCAUGGAAAGCUUGGUUCUUGGCUGCUUAUCAAUGGAAGAAGUGAGAAUUUGUUUGUUUCAAGUAAUUUGAGAUAUGGCAUUCAAGGAGAGUUCUUUUUUUCUUUUAUUAGAAAUGACAAAAAAAAAAACUACCCAGUUUUUGAAGCACUUCAAGUACGUUAAUUUUACAAAAACAGUAUAAUUCAGGCCUUUUUUUCAUCUAUGGGAAUUCAGCUUUAGGCCAUGCAAAAAGGCACAGUCUUCAAGGAGUUCACUGUAUCAGAGACUUUGAUCGCUUCCCCAAGUUGAUGAUUUUGCUUGUCUUUUUGUUGAUUUCAAGAGCUCAUCAAUCUGUAAUCUUCAGUUUCAGUUGAUCUUUCCAUUGAAGUGAAGAUCCAAGAAAAAAGGGAGGGAAAAAGUAGUUAACAGUUUCCUUGAGGCACUGGUUUUAAGGCAAAAAGAAAGAUUCGGAGUCGGCUCAGCAUACUAUUUUUUGAUUCCGUGAGCAUUAUAAUCUCGUUUAAAGACUGUAUUUAUCAUGGGGAAAAGAUCGAAUAGUCGCCCUCUUCAAUAUGAGAAGGAUCAGUUGGGCUGUAUAUGGGGAUUGAUAACUAUGUUCGAUUUCCGUCAUGGUCGAAUGACUCAGAGACUGCUUUCGGAUCGAAGACGUGAGAAUGACGAUGCAGUUGGUAUGGGAAAUUCAAUAAAUAAACUUGACGUGUCAACUAGUUUGGGUGAAGAGAAGGCAAUGGCGACGGAUAUCUGUAAGCCUAGUGUGAAGGCACUCCUAGAAGAAGAAAUGUCGAGAGAGCAAGUUACUAAGAAAGAAGCAAAUAAUACUGAACAUGAAGCAAAAGAGUUUGGUUCGGGGGAAGGAGACAACAGAAGGAAGAACCGGAAAAGAAAAAACAAAACUCGCAAGAAAAGUUCCGGUAACAGUCUGGAUGUCGAUGCUGCCAAGAACUUGGCAUUGGAAGUAUCUUGUCAGCAUAAACCCGAGCAACAACCUACAAACAGUCUUGAUGUAGACAAUCUUGUAGAGGAGUUUUGUCAGGAAAUGGGUAAAAAACGAAAUAAUUGUGUGAAUCAUGAUCAGCCUGCCGAAGACCAUAUGCAGCGAAGCCGGGAGAAUUCCAGUUUUGAAGAAAGAUUGAGUGAGGCUAUUAAGUUCUUAGUAAGCCAGAAGCUUAUUAACAGGAACCAACUUAUGGAAGGUGGGGAACUCCAAGCCUCGAAAGAAGUAAUGGAUGCACUUCAAGUUUUGAGUUUAGAUGAGGAAUUGUUUUUGAAUCUUCUUCGAGAUCCUAACUCACUGCUGGUGAAAUAUGUUAAACACUUGCCGGAUGCUCAAGAUGAAGAGUCUAAGCCUCUUGCCGGAUCUAACUUUUUAGAGAAGGAGCCUGUUGGUUUAAAGCAAUCAAAUGAACCUGUUAAUAGAAAACAGCGGAAUUUCUUUAGAAGAAAGUCCAAGUCUCAGGAAAGAGAUUCAUUGGAGGGAAAUAAGGUUUCUGAAGGUUCCACUAGUAUUGUAGUUUUGAAGCCUGGGCCGACAUGCUCACAAACGCCUGAAACUGGAAGCAGCCGUGGCUCAUUGCCGGAACCUAAACACAUCAUCAGACAUCAAGAGCCGAAUGAGAAAGUUGGUUCCCACUUUUUUCUGGCUGAAAUAAAAAGAAAGUGGAAACAUGCUAUGGGAAGAGAGCAACAUAGAUUCCCCACCAAUGAAAUAUCCAAAAGAGUUUCGGGUGAGCGGAGAAAUCCAGGGGACGCUGGAGGAUUUAAGGAAUAUAUCACAAUGAAAUCUCCAACUAAAGACCAUUUCUUUAUUGAAAGAGUUGCCAAACCUUCCAGUACUGUCAAAAAAGGAGAGAGGGCAAGAAAGCUAAAGAACUCUGAAACGAGUAUAGAUUGUGAGACUAAUUUUUCCAGGCAUUCGAACAUCUAUAUCGAGGCAAAGAAACAUCUCUCUGAGAUGCUAACAAAUGGAGUCAAUAAUGUGGAUCUUUCAAGCAGACAGGUCCCGAAAACCUUGGGGAGGAUUCUUUGUCUCCCUGAUUAUAACUCUUCCCCUGUAGGCAGCCCUAGGAGGAGCUCAGAGCCUAGUUUUAUAACUCCACAAACGAGAUUUGCUGGCUCUGACAAAUUCCUUAAAGUGGAUGAAAACAAUGAACUCAACAAUGUCAGUCAUACAACUCAAGCAGCUAAGGAACUGGAGAUCCAGCUUUGCAUUUCUGAUCAUAAAACCGGUGAUGAAGUCCAAGGCGAUGAUAUAGUUUCAGAUAAACUCGACACUUUUGUGAAUGAUGACGGAGGGGAUCAAAAUGAUCGUUUUACUAAAGACGAAACGAGUUGCGGAGGUGACGUGAGUAUUGUUAAAGAAACUGAAAUGAUUGUUCAGGAAGAAACUAAGACCUUGGAUUCUUCUUAUGGGACAAGUGACUCUUCAAUUACUAGAGAUGACAAAAUUGUUGAUGUAUCUGAAGUUUGUGAUGAAAAGCAAUAUCUGGAAUGUUCUAAACAGGAGUUGUCUGAAGAGGACCAACAGUCAUUUUCUCCGUUACCAUCUCCAUCAAAUUCGUCAGUCGCCAAAAAGGUUGAAGGUCUAGAGAGUGUUAGUGAUGUACACGAGCGGCCAAGUCCCGUAUCAGUUCUUGAGCCAAUAUUUGCAGAUGAUGUUAUCAGCCCUGCUAGCAUCAGAUCAAUUUCUGGUGAAACAUCCAUCCAACCGCUAAGAAUUCGAUUUGAAGAACAUGGUUCUUCAGCAAACCUCAGUAGGCGUUUUAAAACUUGUAUGGAUGAUAAGGAAUCGAUACUUGAGCAUGUAAAGGCAGUGCUACAAGCCUCAAGUUUCGACUGGGAUGAACUAUACAUUAGGUCACUUUCUUCAGACCAGCUUCUUGACCCUUUGUUGCUCGAUGAGGUAGAAUACUUACCCAACCAACUUUGUCAUGACAAAAAACUGUUCUUUGACUGCAUUAACGAAGUUCUCGUGGAGGUAUGUGGGUACUAUUUUGGUUCCCCCGGCGUGUCAUUUGUUAAAACUAACAUCCGGCCUCUUCCGAACAUGAAAAAUACCAUUGAAGAGAUCUGGAAUAGAGUUUAUUGGCAUGUGCUCCCGAUGCCGCUGCCUCGCAGUUUAGACCAGGUAGUCAGAAAAGACUUGGCCAAGACAGGAACAUGGAUGGAUCUUCAACUCGAUGCAGAUUUUAUCAGUGUUGAGAUUGGUGAAGAUAUCCUUGACGACUUAGUGGAAGACACUAUAACAUGCUACAUAAUAAGUCCUGAAUGUGAAUAUCAUGCUGGAGGGCUAGAAAAGUGACAUCAACUUGUACAAGGCAACUGACUCGGUUUUGUUCAUACUUACUCGAAUAAUGCCUCUCCAAAGUUCAGAGUGGGAGAAAAGCAAGCUAAUCAAGUCCCAACAAGCGAGAAGGGAUUCAUUUAACUCUCCCUUCUAAGUCUUUUUAUCAGAUGCCACGACUGCGUUUUUGUAACCUUGCCACGUCGAAUAACCAUCAACCCGAAGAUCUUACUAGUGACUUUAGGAGCUUCGCGUUUCAUGUGCAGAGAUCCAUUGCAAAGCCAACGCCCGACUUCAGAGGCCUUUCUUGGUUUAGUUUAAUCAAUAACUAAACUGCACUGCAGUGUCAUUUCGAAAACUGCUAUAUCAUAGUAAUUGAGUUUAUAGAAUUUAGUGUGUAUUUGCUUGUGUGAAUGGUGUGUUCUUUGAUUGGCUUCAUCCAUUCCUAGGGUUUGGUUAACUGGUUUUCUUCCUUGUUAUACGUGUUUGCUUGUGUAUUUGGAGCUGUGAGUGUAUACGAGUGAAGUGAUUGACUACUUUGAUAGAUUUCAUAUGCCUGGUUAAUAUAAAUAUAUAUAUGUAUGCA